AUGGGCUACUUAAGACAAUUAGACGUGGAAAAUUUUAAGUCUUGGAGAGGAAAGCAAACAAUCGGUCCAUUUAAGAGAUUUGAUUGUAUAAUUGGUACUAAUGGUUCGGGCAAAUCUAAUGUGAUGGAUGCUCUUGGAUUUGUGAUGGGAGAGAGGGCGGUCAACCUCCGUGUGAAACACACAAGAGAUCUCAUCCAUGGUGCCCACAUCGGCAAGCCUGUGUCCACCUCUGCCAGCGUGACCAUGAUCUACUGUGGAGACAAUGAUGAGGAGUUGGUCUUCAAUAGAAGCAUCUUAGGAGAAUCCUCUGAGUACCGUGUGAAUGGUAAGCAGGUCACUUUGGCUAAAUACACUGGAGACCUGGAGAAAAUUGGCAUUGUGGUGAAAGCGAAGAACUGCCUGGUGUAUCAGGGUGCUGUGGAGUCUAUUGCCAUGAUGAACGCUAAAGAGCGGACAAAGAUGUUUGAAAGAAUCAGCAACUCCCAAGAGCUAAACGAGGAGUAUGACGUCAAGCUUGCAGCCCUACACAAGGCCAAAGAGGACACCCAGUUCCACUUUAACAAGAAGAAAGCAGCUACGGCUGAGAAAAAACAGGUCUUUAAGGAUAAGACUGAGGCUGAAAAAUAUCAGGCGCAGGUGGAUGAAGUCGGAGAACAGAAACUCCAGCUGAUGCUCUUUCAGCUCUUCCACAAUGAGAAAAAAAUUGAAGCGCAGUCAGAGUCACUGAGAGAUAAACAGAUGGCCGUGUCUGAGCAAAAGAGCAACCUGGACGUCUGGGAGCAAUCUGUUAAGGCUCAGAAAAAAGAACAUGGGCGCUUGACCCGAGACCUUCAGCGUCUGGAAAAGGAGAUCAGAUCCCAGGAGCAAAUUCUUAAUCAUCAGAGACCUCAAUACAUAAAAUCCAAAGUGAACACCUCCCAUCAUGAGCACAAAUUGGAGGAGGUGCGCAGAACGCUUCAGAAGAACCAGACACAGCGGGCCAAAAAAGAGCAGGAACUGGAGGAGCUAAGAAGAGAGUUGGUUGAGCUGGAGAGGUGCUGGAGGUCUUGUGUUAAGCAGAUGGAGGAAGAGGAGGCUCAAAGAGGAGCCGGUGUGCAACUAGACGAGGCUCAGAUGGUGCACUAUAAGGAACUUAAAGAGCUGGCCAGGAAGAGGACGGCCAUUUUAAAUCAGAGCGCUGAGAAGCUGCACAGGGAGGUACAGGCCGACUCCGAGAAGCUUCAGUUUGACCUCAGGAGGAAAAAUGAAAUACAGGUCGAUAUUAAACACUCCCAAACUCAGCUGGAAGAUUUAAGCAGAAGAGCAGAAAAGCUGGAGGAGUAUGCCAACACUUCUAAAAAAACCCUGGAGGAGCAGCAUCAGCAGGAGAAGGGUCUGGUGGAGGAGCUGGAGAGAGGCCGCAUACGUAUACAGGAAGUAAAUGCAGAGCUGGCGCAGGUGAUAACAGAACUGCAGAACGCUCGGCUGGACAGCCAGGAGAGCCGACGACAGCAAAAACGCAAUGAAGUAUUGGAAAGCCUUAGAAGACUGUACCCUGAUGCGGUGUAUGGCCGUCUGGUUGACCUGUGUCAGCCCAUCCAUAAGAAAUACCAGCUCGCCGUCACCAAAGUGUUUGGAAAGAACAUGAAUGCUAUUGUUGUAACAUUUGCCAAAGUAGCUCACGACUGCAUCAGAUUUCUAAAAGAGGAAAGAGCCGAACCAGAGACUUUCCUUCCUAUUGAUUAUAUAGAUGUACGCCCACUGAAUGAGCGGUUGAGGGAAGUGCGUGGAGCUAAGAUGGUUGUGGAUGUGGUUCAGUGCGCUCAGAACGCCCCUCAGCUUAAGCGAGUGGUGCAGUAUGUAUGCGGGAACUCCCUGGUCUGCGAGACUCUGAAGGAAGCCCGUCGCAUUGCCUUCGAUGGUCCUGAGCGCCUUCAGACGGUGGCCCUUGAUGGCACCUUGUUCCGCAAGUCUGGGGUGAUCUCAGGAGGCGCUGUGGACCUGAGCAGCAAAGCUAGACGCUGGGAGGAAAAAGAUAUGAACAAACUGAGGGAGCAGAAGGAGCGCCUGACAGCUGAGCUUCGUGAUCUAUUGAGGCAGAGGCGUAAGGAGGCAGAGUUGAAUCAGAUCAGAGCUCAGUCUCAGGGAAUCCAGACUCGCCUCAAAUACUCCAGCACAGAACUGGACACCAUACGCAAGAAGCACAUCCCAGCGUGUCAGGCGGAGAUUUCUAGACUUGGAAGUGAGCUUUCUAACCUUGAGGCUGAGGUUGAGAUUCAGAUGCAGGCCAUUGAGCUGAAGGACAAUGAGUUGAAGGCCAUCAGAGAUCAAAUUCAUCAGAUGGAAGAUGUGGUGUUUGCAGACUUCUGUGCGGAGAUCAGUGUGGCAAACAUCCGGGAAUAUGAGCAGGAUUAUUUCCGACUGCAACAGGAGCUCGAGAAAAAGCGCCUGCAGUUUGAGUCACAGUGCACUCGUCUAAGCACCCAGCUGGACUAUGAGCAGACCCAUCUGGAGAAACUCGUUACACAGAUGAAGAGGCUGGAAGAGACUAUCCACAAAGAAGAGAAUAUCAUUAGCAGUCUGAAAGAGGAAGAGGACAGACUCAUGAUAGCUAUGGAGGAGACACAAUUUAAUCUCCUAGAGCUAAACAACCAGCUGGUGGGAAAGAUGAGUUUAGUUAAUGAUGCAAAAGCUCAGCUUGAGAAGAACAAUAAAAGCCUCCAGGAGAAAUCCAGGGUACUGGUGAAACUUCAGAAGGAAGCGAUCAGUGCUGAGGCCGCCAUGGAACGUCUGAGACUGAGCAAACACAACUUGCUUCUGGCUUGCAAGAUAGAGUGCUUACCUUUAAAACUGCUCGCUGGAUCACUGGAUGACAUCAGUGACAUUGAGCUGGACCCAGAGUCUCAGAGCAUCAGCACGCUGGACAUUUAUGAGCGGGAGGCACAGAUAGAGUUUGAUUAUUCAGCACUGGACAUGAGCCUUAAGGCCCUCACUGAAGAGAGUGAAGUGGAGGCUGAGUUAGAGAAACUCAAAGAGGAAGUCUCUUCUCUGGAGUGUCUGAUUAUGGCAUCCAGAGCUCCAGACCUGAAGGCUCUAGAAAAGAUGAGAGAGGUGAAGGACAACUUCCAUGAAGUCAUGGACGCGUUUAAGAACAGCACACAUAACACUAAGAAAUGCAGUCAGGAGUUUGAGCAGGUGAAGACCAAACGCUUGAAUUUGUUCAGCCAGUGUUUCGAGCAUGUAUCUGUCGUCAUCGAUCAGAUCUACAAAAAACUCUGCAGGAACACCAGUGCACAGGCCAUUCUUAGUGCUGAGAAUCCAAAUGAGCCCUACCUGGGCGGCAUCAACUAUAACUGCGUGGCACCUGGUAAACGUUUCAUGGCUAUGGACAACCUGUCAGGAGGAGAGAAGUCCAUCGCUGCUCUCGCGCUGGUCUUUGCCAUUCACAGCUUUCGUCCCGCACCGUUCUUCGUGCUGGACGAGGUUGAUGCCGCCCUGGACAACACAAACAUUGGCAAGGUUACGGGAUUUUUCCGUGAGCUGUCAAGAGAGAGCUGCCAGAUCAUCGUCAUUUCCCUGAAAGAGGAGUUUUACUCACGAGCAGACGCUCUUAUUGGGGUCUAUUCUAUGUUUGAUGAAUGCAUGUACAGCCGUGUUCUCACCCUGGAUCUCACCCCUUACCCACUGAACGAUGAGAACGGCAGUCAGAGAGAAUAA